AUGACCAUGGAUGUUAAUCAGUUGCAGGCGAAGCUACGCGAACACCAAUCUGCUAUGUUUCAACAGGGGUUCUUGGAUGAUCAAUUCAGCCAGCUUCAGAAACUGCAGGAUGAGAGUACUCCAGAUUUUGUGCUUGAGGUUGUGACUAUGUUCUUUGAUGAUUCUGAGAAUCUCCUAAAGAACAUGGCACGUUGUCUAGAACAAGUGCCUGCUGAUUUCAAACAAAUAGAUGCUUAUGCCCAUCAGUACAAGGGAAGCAGUGCCAGUGUUGGUGCUGCUAGAGUUAAAAGUGUCUGCGCUACCUUCAGGUCUUUUUGUGAGACUAAGAACCUGGACGGGUGUAUGAGAUGUCUGCAACAAUUGCAACAGGAAUACUCUCUACUGAAGAAUAGUCUUCAAUACUUAUUCAGGCUGCAGAAUGAUAUCAAGGCUGCUGGUGGUUCUUUCUCAUAA